ACCAACAAUUUUCUGCGUCACUUUGCAGCCAUCUAUAGCUAUCUCCGUGAUGUGAGUCUUGGGCACCACGUUAGCCUACCUUCCAGGAAAAAUUCACAUUGACAUUUGACUCUCCAUUCUCUGACUACACUCCCUGAGUCGUCCACAAACUAAUUUCUCUCUCUCUCUCUCUCCCUCUCUCUCUCUCUCUCUCUCCCCUCUAUAUAACAAACCAUUCCAACCAAAACCCCAUUUUCCAGAAUUUCAGAGAGCCCCCAACAAAAAGCUCCACAAAUUAUGGAGCUUUUUGAUUCUUCAAAGCACGGUGCUCUCUCAGCCUUCUUCUCACACUACUCAUCAUCAUUCAUUACGUAUCCAGGUACCGAUUUUCUUCUCAAACCGGUUUUCAUACGUGGGUUUUCUGGCUCAUUACACCUAGUUUUGUUAUUUGUGUUGCUCGUCUCUUGGGUGUGGAAGAAAUUCAAGGUGGGUGAUGGAGAAGGUCCAAAACAGAGGUUUGGGAGUGUUCAAAGUUGGUAUUAUAAGCUAACUUUACUCUGUUGUCUUGGUGUUUCUGGGCUCAGUCUUGUUUUUUGUUUAUUGAACUACUUCUAUUGGCAUAGAAAUGAUUGGUCUGAGGAAAAGCUAGUGACCCUUUUUGAUUUAGCCAUUAGAACACUUGCCUGGGGUGCUCUUUGUAUCUACUUGCAUACCCAGUUCUCUAAUUCUUCUGAAUCAAAGUUCCCAAAUUUAUUGAGACUUUGGUGGGGUUCCUACUUUUCUAUCUCUUGCUAUUCCCUUGUGAUAGAUAUCCUUCUUUACAAGGAACACGUUUCCUUGCCCGUUCAAUCUUUAGUUUUUGAUGUUGUCUGCGUCAUCUCGGGUUUGUUCUUUAUAUAUGUGGGGUUUUUUGGGAAGAAAGAGGGCAGAAAUACAGUUCUUGAGGAACCCCUUUUGAAUGGUAAUGGUAAUGGUAAUGCAGAGUCAAAUAAUUCCAAAGGGCGUACACCUGUUACCCCUUAUUCAAAUGCUGGAAUUUUCAGCCUCCUUACUCUUUCUUGGAUGGGUCCUCUAAUUGCGCUUGGCAAUAAGAAGACAUUAGACCUUGAGGAUGUUCCUGAACUAUACAAGGGUGAUAGUGUAGUUGGGUCCUUUCCAAAUUUUAGAAAUAAACUUGAGGCGGAGUGUGGUGCGGAUGGCAGGGUUACCACAUUUCAUCUGGUGAAGGCAUUGAUAUUCUCGGCCUGGAAAGAGGUUGGCUGGACAGGGUUAUAUGCUAUAUUUUACACAUUGGCAUCUUAUGUCGGUCCAUAUCUAAUCGACACAUUUGUUCAAUACCUCUAUGGGCGGAGAAAGUUCAAAAAUGAAGGCUACGCUUUGGUUUCUGCAUUUAUGAUUGCGAAGCUGGUGGAGUGCCUCAGUCAAAGGCACUGGUUCUUUAAGGCACAACAGGUAGGAGUAAGAAUCCGAGCAGUACUUGUUACAGCGAUCUAUAAUAAGGGUUUGACCCUCUCAUGCCAGUCCAAGCAGGGCCACACUAGCGGUGAGAUUAUCAAUUUUAUGACUGUUGAUGCUGAGAGGGUUGGUGACUUCUCUUGGUUCAUGCAUGAUCCAUGGAUGGUCAUUCUACAAGUUGGCUUGGCCCUAGUGAUUUUGUACAUAAAUCUUGGUCUUGCAGCCAUUGCAACUUUAGUUGCAACAAUAAUUGUUAUGUUGGCAAAUGUUCCUUUGGGGUCCUUGCAGGAGAAGUUUCAGGAAAAGUUAAUGGAGUCGAAAGAUAAAAGGAUGAAGGCAACAUCUGAGGUCUUGAGGAACAUGAGGAUUCUCAAGCUUCAAGCAUGGGAGAUGAAGUUUUUGUCUAAAAUUAAUGAGCUCAGGAAGACUGAGGCAGGAUGGUUACGAAAGUUUGUUUACACGUCUGCCAUGACCUCAUUUGUUUUCUGGGGUGCCCCCACAUUUGUGUCAGUGGUCACUUUCGUUGCUUGCAUGCUUUUGGGGAUCCCACUUGAGUCCGGGAAGAUCUUAUCUGCACUUGCAACAUUCAGGAUUCUUCAAGAGCCUAUCUACAAUCUUCCAGACACAAUUUCAAUGAUAGCACAAACUAAGGUAUCCCUUGAUAGAAUUGCAUCAUUCCUUAGUCUUGAUGACUUGCUGCCUGACGUUAUAGAGAACCUUCCAAGAGGUAGUUCUGAUACAGCAAUUGAGAUAGUCGAUGGGAAUUUCUCUUGGGAUUUAUCAUCCCCUAGUCCAACAUUGAAGGAUCUAAAUUUCAAAGUGAGCCAAGGUAUGAGGGUUGCUGUUUGUGGUACUGUUGGCUCAGGCAAGUCUAGCUUACUUUCUUGUAUUCUGGGAGAAGUUCCGAAGAUAUCGGGGACUCUUAAAAUGUGUGGGACAAAGGCCUAUGUUUCUCAGUCACCGUGGAUACAGAGUGGCAAGAUAGAGGAAAACAUAUUGUUUGGUCAAGAGAUGGACAGAGAAAGAUAUGAGAGGGUGCUGGACGCAUGUUCAUUAAAGAAGGACCUGGAAAUUCUAUCGUUUGGUGAUCAGACAAUUAUAGGGGAGAGGGGAAUCAAUUUAAGUGGUGGGCAGAAGCAAAGAAUACAAAUUGCACGUGCUCUGUAUCAAGACGCUGAUAUUUAUCUGUUUGAUGAUCCUUUUAGCGCUGUUGAUGCUCAUACAGGAUCACACCUUUUUAAGGAAUGCUUGCUGGGUCUCUUGGGUUCAAAAACAGUAAUCUAUGUUACUCAUCAAGUGGAGUUCUUACCUGCUGCUGACCUCAUCUUGGUCAUGAAAGACGGAAGGAUUACUCAAGCAGGAAAGUUCAAUGACAUUCUUAAUUCAGGAACUGAUUUUAUGGAGCUUGUGGGAGCACACGCAGAAGCUUUGUCCGUGCUUAAUUCUGCAGAGAUGGAGCCAGUUGAAAAAAUAAGCGUUAGCAAAGAAGAUGGAGAAUUUGCUAGUACUAGUGGGGUUGUCCAAAACGUAGAAGACACUGAUGUUCAAAAUUCUAAAACAGAUGAUUUACCAAAAGGGCAGCUUGUUCAAGAAGAAGAGAGAGAGAAAGGUAGAGUUGGGUUGUCAGUCUACUGGAAGUACAUCACCACAGCAUACGGAGGUGCUCUUGUUCCGUUUAUCUUGCUUGGACAGGUUCUCUUUCAGGUCCUUCAAAUUGGAAGCAAUUACUGGAUGGCUUGGGCAACUCCUGCUUCAGAGGAUGUGAAACCUGCUGUUGAAACCUCUACACUUCUAACUGUUUAUGUUGCUUUGGCCGUUGGAAGUUCUUUCUGUGUCCUCUUCAGAUCCAUGUUUCUUGCAACAGCUGGGUACAAGACAGCCAGUCUACUCUUUAGUAAAAUGCAUUUAUGCAUUUUCCGUGCUCCCAUGUCUUUCUUUGAUGCCACUCCAAGUGGACGAAUCCUAAACAGAGCUUCUACAGACCAAGAAGUAGUGGACUUGAACAUGCCUGGUCAAAUUGGGGCCCUUGCCAACUCAAUGAUCCAGCUUCUGGGAAUUAUUGCAGUGAUGUCGCAAGUUGCAUGGCAGGUUUUCAUCAUUUUUAUCCCUGUGAUUGCAAUCUGUAUCUGGUUACAGCAAUACUACAUAUCUUCAGCGCGAGAACUUGCACGGUUGGUUGGAGUAUGCAAAGCUCCAGUGAUACAACACUUUGCUGAAACAAUUUCAGGGUCGACAACUAUUAGGAGCUUCGAUCAAGAAUCAAGAUUUAGGGAUACAAACAUGAAACUGAUGGAUGGUUAUGGUCGGCCUAAUUUUCAUACUGCGGCUGCAAUGGAGUGGCUAUGUUUUCGCUUGGAUAUGUUGUCAUCUAUCACUUUUGGAUUCUGUUUGGUUUUCUUGAUCUCUAUUCCAGCAGGGGUGAUAGAUCCAGGUGUUGCGGGCUUAGCUGUCACAUAUGGACUUAAUCUAAACAUGUUACAGGCGUGGGUUAUAUGGAAUCUUUGCAAUGUGGAGAACAGAAUUAUAUCAGUGGAGAGAUUACUACAGUACACUUCCAUUCCCAGUGAGCCUCCUCUUGUAAUAGAAUCCAAUCAGCCAGAUCUUUCUUGGCCAUUACGUGGAAAAGUUGACAUACAUGAUCUUCAGGUCCGGUAUGCCCCGCACAUGCCGCUUGUGUUGCGAGGUAUCACAUGUAGCUUUCCUGGAGGAAUGAAAACUGGGAUUGUGGGUAGAACUGGCAGUGGCAAAUCGACUCUCAUACAGACCCUUUUCCGAAUUGUGGAUCCUGCUUCUGGCCAGAUUUUGAUAGAUGGUAUUGAUAUAUCCUCAAUUGGACUGCAUGAUCUAAGGUCUAGGCUGAGCAUUAUCCCUCAGGACCCAACCAUGUUUGAAGGGACUGUAAGAAGCAAUCUGGACCCACUUGAAGAGUACACAGAUGAGCAAAUUUGGGAGGCCCUGGAUAAGUGUCAACUUGGAGAUGAAGUUAGGAGAAAGGAAGGAAAGCUGGAUGCCACAGUUAGUGAGAAUGGAGAGAACUGGAGUAUGGGUCAGAGGCAGUUGGUCUGCCUUGGCCGUGUGCUGCUCAAGAAAAGUAAGGUCUUGGUACUUGAUGAAGCUACUGCGUCGGUCGAUACAGCUACAGAUAAUCUCAUCCAGCAGACCCUUCGCCAACACUUUACUGACUGUACAGUCAUCACUAUUGCACAUCGUAUAACUUCUGUUCUUGAUAGUGACAUGGUUCUGCUUCUGAGUCAUGGGCUUAUUGACGAAUAUGAUUCUCCUGCAACCUUGCUCGAGAACAAGUCGUCAUCUUUUGCUCAGCUUGUGGCAGAGUACACAAUGAGGUCGAAUUCCAGUUUUGAGUAGUUUGACUGACAAUUGAAAUUCCAAAUCUUCAUUAUGAACUACUCAACUUGGUAGCUGUUUUGAUAAUGACGAAACAUAAGCGGUGAGGUCCAAAGCAAUUGAACUGGGUGAUCAAGUUAAAGUUUGCAGUGUAUUUUAGGCUAUAUUCUGCUGCAAAUAUUGUAUGGUUAAUUACAUUCAAGUAAUUUUGAUACUGAAAGUUCAAGAUAGGUGAUAGGUGUGAAAUUUUGUGGUUUAAUAACGUGUAAUUGUAAGUUGAUUGAACUCCUAUGCAAAACAUCCUCUCUUUGGAUAGAUAAAUGGCUCUGUAAUUGGAAAAUUUUGUAAGUAAAUUCAUUGGUCCCUCUACUUGUCUAA